AUGUGCCGCAUCAACAUCAUCCACUUCUCUCCCCACCACCACGACUUCCAUUCCGAAGCACCACCCAACAGCUUACGGUUAACCACCAUAUGCAACAACUGCAAUCUUUUCAACUCCAAAUCCUCCUCCAUCGCCUUUGCCAAACUCAAUCUCCUCCCCCGACGACCAACCGAAGACGAGUUCAUGACCCAACGCCAGCCACCACACCAGUUCGUCCUCUGCCCCACCCACGUCAACAGCUGCUGCUGCGUAGCUUACAAGCAGACGACGGCCUGCCUCCUGCAAAAGUUCCAUUCUGCGGGGUGGCAGUGGCAGGAUGUUGCUGCUGCUACUGCUGCUACUACUGCUGCUGCUGCUGCUGCUGCGGAUGUUGAUGGUGAUGUUAAUGGUGAUUUCCAGAGCUUCUCGCAGGCCAGGACCUCGGUUUUGGGUACAGCAGAUGAGAUUCACAAGCAGAAGGUGGUGAUGGAUAAGCACCUACUCGAAGCAUCUGAGCUUUUGGAGCAGUUGUUUCUAGAUCUUGCCGACGCUCGAGCGACGAUUCAUGCCCGCCAGCCGGCGCAAAGGCGCGCUUCAUUCUUCCGGGAGUUUGAGAUACCACUCCAACGGGCUGUUGAGUUGUGCCAGAAGAUUAGAGAGGCGGAUGAGAGGAUUUGUGAGGACUUCAAGGUCUUUUUGCAAAGGCGUAAGGGUAUGUCGAAUCUUCUUAUGGCUAUUGAUAAGAAGGAGACGAUUAACAGCGGUUUUUAUCCUAUUAGCAAGGCGAGGCAAGAUCUGACGGAGUUGUCGGCAUCGAAUAUAAGGGAGGUAUGUGAGGGAUCUCUUAGGAGAGGGAGGGAGCUGUCGGCAGAGUUGGUGCGGUUGCUAGAUGCUGUGAGCAACUUCGUGCAGCCAGUCCAGUAG